CCGACUGAAGGAUUCACCGGAACUUCAGCCUGUGCGGCUGUCACAGUUUUAAAUAGGGGUUCGGUCCAAUAUGGCGGAAGACGGAUGGAAAUACUGAUGACAGUCCGAAAGAUCGCCUCGAUUUGUACGAUGGGCGCCAAUGCCUCUGCUCUGGAAAAGGAGAUUGGACCGGAACAGUUCCCUGUUAAUGAACACUACUUUGGGCUGGUCAAUUUUGGCAACACCUGCUACUGUAACUCAGUGCUGCAGGCACUGUACUUUUGCCGGCCCUUCCGGGAGAAAGUCCUGGCCUAUGACCAGCCACGACGGAAAGAGAGCCUGCUCACCUGCUUGGCUGACCUGUUCAACAGCAUUGCAACUCAGAAGAAGAAAGUGGGAGUCAUUCCACCAAAGAAGUUCAUCUCCAGGCUGAGGAAGGAAAAUGAGCUGUUUGACAAUUACAUGCAGCAAGACGCACAUGAAUUCCUCAACUACUUGCUCAACACCAUUGCAGACCUGCUACAGGAGGAAAAGGGCCAGGAGAGACAGCAGAAUGGAAAGGUAGUACAGAAUGGUGGAAGUGGAAGUGGAGGAGGCGGUGGAAGCGGUAGCAGCACGGGAGAGGGUGAAACGGAGGAAAAGACCCAGCAGACCUGGGUGCACGAGAUCUUCCAAGGCACACUGACCAAUGAGACACGGUGCCUGAACUGUGAAGCGGUGAGCAGUAAAGAUGAAGACUUCCUAGACCUUUCAGUGGACGUGGAGCAGAAUACCUCCAUCACACACUGUCUUAGGGGUUUCAGCAACACAGAGACCUUAUGUAGUGAAUACAAGUACUACUGUGAGCAAUGCAGAAGUAAACAGGAGGCUCAGAAAAGGAUGCGGGUGAAGAAAUUACCCAUGAUCCUUGCCCUGCACCUAAAGCGCUUUAAGUAUAUGGACCAGCUUCAUCGCUACACCAAGCUCUCUUAUCGUGUAGUCUUCCCUCUGGAGCUGAGGCUCUUUAACACCUCUGGCGAUGCUACCAACCCUGAUCGAUUGUACGACCUGGUGGCUAUAGUGGUGCACUGUGGGAGUGGUCCAAAUCGAGGUCAUUACAUCACUAUAGUGAAGAGUCAUGGUUUCUGGCUGCUGUUUGAUGAUGACAUUGUAGAGAAAAUAGACGCCCAAGCGAUGGAGGAAUUUUUUGGUUUGACAUCGGACAUCUCCAAAAACUCUGAGUCUGGGUAUAUACUCUUCUACCAGUCUAGAGACUGAGCCAGCGGGAGUGACUGACAGAAUGGGAGGGCGUGAUUUGUGAGAGACCGGAUCACGCAGAUAGGGAGGCUUGGGCUUUGUUGACACAGCUCGGCCCCCUGCUCCAUCCCCUCUCAGUCAAGUCCCUUUUCAUCCAGGCUUAUAAGUGGAGCUUUGCACCGAAGCAUCAGUCAGGCCCCAGACAGGAGCAGUUGAUGCCAGAGAGACCUGGAUACAGCACAGUAAUCACCAGGCAGAAGUAAUCAUCAUCUGGUUCUCCGUCGUCUCACUCGCCUGCUUUGUGUUGCUCGGCACACACAAAAAUGCACAUGAGCUAAACAUGUCUUGAUGGCCUGAGAAUGGACAUUGUACAAACUUUUUUUAAUUUUUUUCCACCACACAUAGUAAUAAGGUUCAUUUUGAUAAUCUGGUUCACAUCACGUUCGUCAUCGCUGGGUGGUGUGUCAUGAUUUAUGUUUCGGCACACUGUCAUGAUCAGUCCAGAAAGCCGCUUGACAGUUCUUCACCCUCAUUGGUUCAUCUGCAGUGUCAGACACGGCACAUCAUGCUGUAUCAGUGUCAACCAGCUAGUUAUAAAUAUGCAGAACCAGUAGCUCAUGUUGUAAUUAUAGUAGAGCUGCUCCACCUGAAUGGAUAAACCUGACCAGGUUUGAAUUAGCUUGAAGCAUUUUUUGUGUUGAGAACUUAACAAGUGAUUUCAUGUAGGGCCUGUGGAUUGAUGGGUGCUCUGCUCUGUUAAGUAGAGAGGAUUGUUGAUACCAGAGUUGUGCGUGUAUACAGGAUGUGGCUUGGCUUAAGAAUGCUCUUUCAGUAUUCAAUGAAUGUAAAACAUUCUGCCAGUUCUUGUGCACUGCAAGUGAGUGUACAGCUUGAUUGUGUCAUAUAGUGCACAUUUAAUAGUGCACUAACUGUAAAGUGUAACAGAUGGAGAUAGUAAUAAGGGCUUUAUAUUAUUCUGAAUACAAAUUAAAGCUCAUAAAUGCCUGUCUAAUUGAAACCAAAAGCUGCAAAACAUUUCCAGUCGUGUUUCAUUAACACUGUAACACUGUGAGAUUGUCUGAAAUGAAUGUGGACUCAUUCAGUUUAGCCAUUAAACAGUAGAAAUGUUGGUUGAUUCAAACAUAAUAUGGCUCUACACUCCAUUAUAAAGUUCCUGAUUCAUUAAGCCGAUUGAAUUGGCUGCAUCUACUCUUCUCUAGAUCUCUAUCGUCUCCGCUGCCCACUUAAUAAUGUUUUAACUCCGCAUAGACCUAGAUGGGAAGUGAAGCACAGCCGAAGCUGAAGUGCAUUUUUAGAUCUAUCUGUAAAUGCCAGGUUUAAGCUGUGACUUGCUCAAACCUGAAUGGCUUAGUAAUUGUUAGAUUGAUUAAGGGGACUCCGUAAAGGAUUGGUUUUAGUUUGUGGAUGUUGCACAGCCGGAAGGAUGAGCCACUUCUCCCAGUUCACUCGCAGCUAGUAAAUAUUUACAAGACUAGACCACCCUGCAAUUCGAUUUAUAGGCAAAAAAUUAUGGCACUCCGCAAGAUUAGGUAUUUAAGUCUUGUAAGGCAAAAAGUACAUACUAGUGAGGUACCGUAGGUUUUUCUUGAAAGGUUUUCAGAAACAAACUUGCUUAGCCUGUUGUCCUCGUCUAAUUUUUUUCCCAACCAAAUAGUUGUGACUAAAAUGGAUAGUAUAAGAAUGAAAAGGUCGUCAUUUUUUUUUUCUUUUCAUUUCAGGUUUCCUUUGUAAACUACACUGGUUUUAUUUGAUUGUUGGUUUGACAAAAAUGCGUCAAAACUAACAGUGCUGCUGAUUAUUAUUCCAUUCAUCCUGUAAAGUCUACUUGGUAUCAAUGCAUGCGUGGUAUAACAAUUCUUGACAUUGUUAUAAAGCAUUUAUAAAGGUCUUAUAAACAAGACAUCACAAUGUUUGUACAAAAGUUUAAGCUUCUCGCUGGUCAGUUAACCUGCUGGCGUUGCGUGUCUUAAGUAGACUGAGCUAUAUGUUGAAAUAAACUGACAUAUGGUGCCAUGUCAUGAAAAUAACACAUUUACACAUGCUAUGUAAGAGAGUUUGUAGAUGUGUCAUCAUCACAGUUGAAUUAAGGCUUGUCCGAGCUGAGUUAACUGGAUGUUUUAUUUUUGAAAUUGGCUUGUGAUGUAGUAGUUACGGGAGAGAGAAUGUUUCUUUUAUUUGGGCUCUUUUAUUUCAUGAUUUUAUUUAUGUGUAAUUAUGACUGCUAUAUUAACUUUUCUUUGACAAUCUAAUUUUUUUAUACAUUUGUUAAUUUGUUCUUUAUUUGGACACCAGGUCUGUUGUAUGUUAUGUGGAGAGAGAGUUGAAACAUAAAUGUAAGGUUGAUGAUUUUGGAAUUAUCAGAUUAAUGCUGCAGUCUUGAGACUUGCUACUAGUCGUAGAAACAGUUAAUGCACUGAUCACAUUAACAGCACCCUUAGAGUUUUGGCAUUAGCAGACAGACAUAAACUACAUCAAAACAUGAGACAAACAAGCUAAUGCUUCGUCAUGCCAACUUUGGUUGUGUUUCAUCCUGCCUCUUCCCAUAACAUUGUAAUAAUGUUUAUUCCAUACUGGGUUUGAAAAAAAAAAAAGUGCACUUUCGAUAAAGCAAUGUACAAAUUGUAAACCAGGUGAAUUAUCUGGUUUUGAAGUGGAGUGGACAGCAUGGAUGAAAGAUGGGACUGGAUCACCCUGUCCCAAAUAAAAGACAAACAAAAACACA